CAUGUCUUGGGCUAUAUCAUUCCCUCCCUUUCUACCGUAGAUGGUAAUCUGAAUGCUUUUCCAGAAAUGAUACUCUUGAAAGAAGACUCAACGAUUCACUAGCUUUGCUCACCCAUGUGGCAUGCCGGUAGUGUCUUCACUGACCACUCCUUCGGAGCGUUGAGAAUGGACUGAACCAAUCUACUGCGCACCGUUCAUUUGGGCAGUCGCAACACUGUCUUAAUCUAGUCGACGCGGCCUAACCAAGAAAGCAGCUCUCAGUUAUUUGACCUACAGCAGCCUCGACGGAGGAGGCACUAUUACCAACGCACUUGCAGAAGACAAUCAUUUUGACCUCGACUAUCCUCAAAUUCCUCUAGAUCUCUCCCUUGAGUCCCUACUUGCUCACUCUCAACCCAGCCUCCCAUCGUCCCAAAUCAUGCCGGCCUCCGAAGCGAAUUCGUCCUCUCUCAGUGAUAGCUGGGCAUCCCUCACCGACAUUGAAUCCUCGAACGAGGAUGAUCUCAGAUCUGAACAUACCGACGUGGGGUCUCUGCUGGACGUUCACAGCUCAGAUGAUGUCCAGAGUGUCACGGAAGGCCUCGACCCAAGUGAAGGAGAAGCCACUGAUGAGGAGGAUGUUGGAGACACAUCUACAGUAGACCUAAGCUGCCCGGGUGUUCUCAGAUCAUCGGCACAGCGAGAUGCUAUUGUCGAUUUGCAACACGUCCACGCCACGCAGACAAGCCAAGAUGAGAAAAACAACGAACCCACUGGCUAUCCUCCUGUACAUGUUCACACCACUACCAGACCACUCAUGAAGGAUGAGGCCCGCAAAGUCAGCCAGCAUCUUGAUCCAGAGCAUCGAUCCACAGGUUACAUUAGCGUCAUGAGAAUGACUCUCCUGGAAGACGGACUGGACGUGAAUACUCUUGACUACUUCAAGGUUGUCCUCCUCGGCAGACACGUCGACCAAUUUCGGCCUGAAAUCCAGAGAAAGCUCGGAGAUGCAUUGGUGUCACGGAGAGUCACCAGUGAUACCAGACGAACGUCGACCUCGAGGUUUCAUCUUGUGCCAAAUUCCUUUGGUCCUGGUGCGGAACCAGACUUCGCCGACCUAGUGGCCAUUGACAAGCAGAUCGAUUUUGAUUGUUAUGAUACGGUUGAGGAGCAUGGUACGCUAGGUCCUGACUCAACCUUGAUUUUGAAGAACAGUCAGACAGGUUCAGAGGUCGUUUCCGAAUGGAACGGUCACACACACUUGGUUGCCAACCCGCGCUGGGCACCUCCUGACCUUGCAGUCGUCUGUGUGCACCUUGAUAAGAAGCAACGAAUGGAUGAGGAGAGUCACGCGUUGCUGAAGUUCGUCACUCGCCACGGCAUUGCAAGUAUUGUGGUUCGAAUGGACCGGCAUUGGUUUGGCGAGUAUUGCGACAGUAUUUGGAAAGCAGACUCGCUCCACGAGGCUAUCGAGGCAGUGAGCAUGCCUAUGUCUUAUGCCAACGAAGUCUUCACGAAGUUGCCUGUGGACAUGGCUGCCUUCCUGAACCUUGACGCUGCUGCACUUAACAAGCAUAUCGCUCUCAUUACUUCCAACAACGCAGAAAACCUUACCAAAGAGCCAGCUACUGAGGUCAGUAUCUUGGAUAAGGUCCCCGAAAAGCACUCAUAUGGUCCGAGGUUGGUCCUGUCACCCAAUAUUGCUUUCAUCAAGAACAUGCUCCUUGUUCUCUGGGUUAUCGGCGUCUACAUAUUCCUCGGCGCUCAUAUGUGGCCUGUGGUCUAUGACACCCUUUCCAAUACCCCCGGUCAUACGGCGAAGGAGGCUGCAGCGGAUCCUGCAAGCCAACCUCAGACCUGGACAUCUGAGAUACAAUCCACGCCUUCCUCAGUCUCGCCCGAGUCUACUGUUAGCGCGCUUCAAGUUGGCCAGCAAAACCUUGCAAUUGUUUCCGUCAGUGUGGUGCCUUCUAUAGCAGAAGACGCCAUACAUUUCCAGGUCGGCGUUGCCGGUGACCAUCAACUGGUGGUCAGACUGCCAAAAGUUGCUACCAAUCGAAAGAAGCGGUCGCCGCUGACAGUUGGGCUGAAGAGAAACAAUCGUCCAAUUUCGGUUGGGAUACACGAACUUUUCGCUGGCGUGUACAGCAUUCAGCUCCAACCUCGAGACGCUUGGGGAGAUGUCCAGGUCCAUCUAUCCAUGACUGAUCCUGAUCUGAGUGAGUCUCUGACCGUCUCAUUUGGAGAUCGUUCAUGGAUGGGCCAUCUGCAACUGAAGGGUACUUUUGACAUGGUUGAGAAGCAGUUCCAUGACGCUAUGGCGGCGCUGUCCAAACAGCCCGAGACUCUCCUCCAAGGCCUUGCUCAAAACAUGCGCAGCAUUGAGGGAGAGAUCAAGGAGAUUGUGGAUGCGAGUAUAUCACCUCUGAAGGUGCACGUCAUGAGAAGAGCACGUGCUCUCCAGGCCGAAAUCCAUGAACUUGCAGAGACAGGAACUCUUCGGAGCAAGGAGGCCUUGAUACAAUUCUCAAAUAGGGUAUCAGGCGUACAGUUGGCGGUGUCUGAACUGUUCGCAGCUCUGGACACAACUGCACUAAAGCCACAGUUGCAUAAGACUGUGGUUAUCGAGAAGUUAUCGACUGCGCAAGAACGAGCACGACAGAUCGUCUCCAAUGCUAAAGGACAGUUGAGAUCGAAAAAUGGACAGCGGAGUUGAACGUCUACCAGGACAUGACUGCACGAGGGGAUUCGGACUAGGAAUAAUGGUGUUUGAGGUGUUUGAGUGCAUGGACUCGGCAGGCAAAGCACGCGCAUCAUGCAUUGGGUAAGAGGCGCCAGGCUCUCGUGGGGUGUCAAGGUUGUUGAUGUUGAGAUUACAUUAUACCCGCAUGAGAUAGCUUUCGGCAGAAACAUGAGAUAAUCGGUCAUUGGUUGAAGCUGAAAAUGAGAUCUCUCGUUGUGAACGGGGAUCAGAGGUUGAUAUACCACAG